AAGUGGCCUGCAGUCUUCUUACUUCUCCAUUUUAUGGUGGCAUUUACAAGGGGAGCAUUGGACGGAUCCGGAAAAUGUGGAGCCUACGAGUGCCGAAUGAGUAAUCCAAUCUGCCGUUGCGAAUCCUUUUGCCAGGAGUUUUCCCAACGAUGCUGGAAAUCACUAACGGGCUGUCACUGUGCAAGGGGCUAUGCACGUGACGAACGUGGCCAUUGCGUGCCCCUCAUCUUAUGCCCCUGAAAUCGACACUAUAUAUGGUUAUUUCUUUUUUUAUUUUUUACAUCUUUAAUAACAACCAAUUAAAUGUUU